AUGUCCCAGAACUUUCGAGCCAACCUAAUAUCUAUUUGCGGCAUAAGCAAGGCUAGGGAACGAUCAGAGAGCAAGCAAAGAGACGCAGACUGCGUUGCGAGUGCGAGCGGUCGCCUUCCAGCCGCCAGUCCCGUUGAAUUAAAGGGAACAAUGUCGGAUCUUAUAUCCGGCCUCACAAGCCUGACGAAGCAGAUUAGUAAUAAUAUUCCUUAUCAAAUCAAGAAACUUGGCGAAUCUGUUCACACUAUGGUUAUGAAUUAUACUGAAGCUGAAAAUCUUGUUUAUGAAGCAACUAAUGAGGAUCCAUGGGGUCCUACCGGCCCUCAAAUGAAGGAGAUUGCCAAUUAUACAUUCCAGUACGAAGGUUUUCACCAGGUUAUGAAUCUAUUGUGGAAACGAAUGCUUGAAGAUAAUAAAAACGCUUGGAGAAGAGUGUACAAGAGUCUCACUUUACUGAAUCACUUACUUCUUCAUGGAAGCGAAAGAGUUAUUGGGAGCGCUCGUGACCAUACAUUCCAAAUGAGAGCGCUGGAGCAAUAUAAAUAUGUUGAUGAUCACGGAAGGGAUCAGGGCUUGAAUGUGCGCCAUAGGGUAAAAUUGAUUCUGGAUCUUGUUGGAGAUGAUGACAAACUACGUGCGCAAAGGAGAAAAGUAAAAUCUGAUAACAAAGAUCGCUAUCAAGGUUAUACAUCCGAAGAUAUCCGUAUGGGACGCGGAGGCUCUUUCAGCAGUAGUUCGAUGCAUGGUUACAGCGACGACUGGAAAGAUGACACAAGUAGCUACAAGCGAAAAUCUUCUUUUGAGGAGAAUAGAGACGAAUAUGCCGUGAAGGAGGUGAAUUCCUUCCAGUUUCCUGAAGAAUCUCGGAGGGGAUCCGUUUCUCCCGAGCUUGGAUUUAGGCAAGACCCUACCCCUGAUGACGAUUUUGGUGAUUUUGCCACGGCUCGAUCGAUACCACAGCAAAAUACAGCCGCACAGAGAACAGCCGCUGCUGAAGUCAGUCCAACUCACAUUCCUGUAAUUAGUCCACCUGCUCCUGUUUCUUCAUCGAGAGCAUCAGGAGCCAACACAUCUUCAACUUCCUUCGACCUGCUAGGGCUGGACAUCUCAUCAUCUAGUGCCAGUGCAGUAGACUUCUUUGGUGACUCUGGCAAAAAUGCUGUACCUGGCAUUAUUCCACCUCCAGCAAGUAGUAUUUCUGGCAUGAAUAUUCCUCCUCCAGCUGCGGCGAAGGCGUCGCCUGCGGCACCUCUUGUUCAGCUGGGGCCAAGUUUGCCUCCGGAUCUGUUUAGCUCUCCAUCAGCUACAUCGUCGCCCUUCCCCGCUGCUUUUGAAGCUGACUGGACAGCUGCUCCUCCUGCUGCUCCACAAGCCGCUGCUCCUCAACCAGCUUUCUGUCCUGCUCCUGCUGCUGGUGGAUUACCUACCACUCAAAACAAGGCCGUUGACAUCUUUGGUGACUUCGAUGCACUUCCCAAAACGAGCCCGAAAGUUUCAUCUCCUGCUAAAUCGCCGGUCGCAAAUGGAGGAUCUUCCAACACUACAUCUACAAAGAUCGGCAGCACUUGGGCUGGCGCCACCGGUUUGAUUGACUUAGAUAAUCUUGCGGGUAAAAGUACUCCCACAAAGCAGAACCCAUCACUGAAUCAAAUGCAGAUGAACAAACAAGGUGCCAACAGUCCAAGCAGCUUAUUCUGAUGAGCAAAAUCCUCGUCGUGGGAUUAUCGCUUCUGUUAAUACUUGUAAACGGAAGCAAAAGCAAUCUGAGCAACUUUCGCUAUCUAGUGCUGUACACAUAUGGAGUCAGUUUAGUUUGCUUACUCUAUCCCAUUCAAGUCUUUUCUUGAACAUUGUCGUAGUAGAAGCAUUCUUUGUCGCACUUUAGUAAUUUAUGUUCACUUGUAUCAUUACGUGAUGUGCCCUAAAUUUGUGAUCGAGAUAAUGUGAUGAUGAUUAGGCAAACUUCCUUUUCUCUUGUUUUAUCGCACUCUAUCAUUUCAUACGUCAAUAUUUCUGUUUUGGGGUUUUUUUUUUCUUUUAUCACUCCACAUUUGUGUUGAUGUUUGAAAUGCAUUCAAGCGAUCUACACAUUUGUGGUUCUACGGCUCUUUGAUGUGAUUUGUUCUGCUUUAUCAAUGCAAUUGGGGCUGGUAUCGUAUGGAGGUUAGGAAUUUACCGUGGAUGAGUGCAGUGUUCACAUCACUGUCAAGCCGCAUAUCCUUGAGGGUAUGUAAAAUCUGCUGGAGUCAGACCUAGGUUGGCUCCAUUCUUUAUUUGUGUGCCUCCCUGUGUGAGACUUGUUUUCCUCUUUGGCUGAUUCUACCUUAGGUAGCAACUUUUGCUUCAAGAUUUUUCUAUUAAGUGCCUCUAUCGAAUAUAUAAAUUUGUGAUACCUAGAUAAAUUCAUAAUACCAUCGAACUUUAUUGUGUACACCAAUAAACUGGGAAGUGAACUUCGCAUAAGAAAG